AUGGCCUUAUAUCAGGACAGUCUAAAAGAACAGCGUUUAUCACACUGCCAUUCACUUGCUGUAUCCAGGUAUUUCUUUGACAAUGAUCUGCUGAGCACUGAGCAGAGAAUCUCCUAUGAGGAGGAUGGCUUCCUCCUUAUCAAGGGCCUGGUGUCUGGGGAGCACAUUGACAGAUUCAGGGCGACGUUUGAGCGGAUAUUCCGUCGGGAGGUGCAGGUCCCGGGGCUGGUGGUGAUGAGGGACGUGUCCAUCGCCAAGUCAGAGUUCGUCCCUGACCAGAAGGCCAUCUCCAAGCUGCAGGACUUCCAGGAAGAGCCUGAGUUAUUCCUCUACUGUAGCCUGCCUCAGAGCAUUGGGAACUGCCACAGUGCAGUGGUCUGA